AUGGCUCCAAACCAAACUAUCGUUCAAAAUUCCGAUGGUCAAUUCGACUCAAGACGAACCCAAACCAAGUUGUUUGCUGGGAAAUCGAAGAAGAACGCCUCUAUCACUCCAACCAUCUCCGAAGAGGAUAUUUUCGAGGAGAAGUUCAAGAAAGAGUUCCCUGAGUACGUUGAGAGAAAGAAGGAGAAAUACACUUGGAAGCAGUUCUACCAGAAGAGAAUGGACAAGAAACAAAAGAAACAAGAGGAAAAAUUGAAUAAGUUGACAAUGAGAAUUGGAAAAUCGUCGGCUCUCCAGCAAAACUCAGCACCCAAGACCAAACUUAUCGAAAUUGGUGGUUCGACUUCAGUCAAGAAAUCCGGCCAAUUCUCGAAGAUCCUCCCACUCCCUUCCAACCAAGGAAUCCAGAGAAAACCGCCAACUAUCCCAAUUGCCACUGCUACUGUCAACAAAAGUCGCCAAGUAUCUGCUCCCCUACAAGGACCUACACAAGUUCGCCGAGUUCCAUCUGCUGCCGUCGCUAGGACCUUCACUCAACAUGGAGCAUCUACGAUGAAAACAACUCCAUUGAUGCGCAAAUGUCUCCAGAUGAUGAAGAAGUAA